AGAAUGUUGAAUUCGUUAACCAUACUUAGCACAGUAUUUGAGCAAAUUGUGUAAAUUCACAAUUUAAUUUUAACGAAAUUAACAGUGUUAACGUUAACAAAUGCCACCAAAGAAGAAACCAAACGAGCCAGGAAAGAAAGCUGAUCAGAAGAAAAAAGAAAAAAUUAUUGAAGACAAAACUUUUGGCUUAAAAAAUAAGAAGGGUGCUAAGAACCAGAAAUUCAUACAGCAAGUUCAACACCAAGUAAAGUUUGGAAACCAGAGUGGUCGAAAGGUAGAGCAGUUGAAGCAAGUGGGGAAGAAAGAUGAGAAGAAAAAAGAGGCAGAAGAACUAAACCAGAUUUUCAAACCUGUAACAACACAGAAAGUAGAAAAAGGAAUUGACCCUAAAUCUGUAUUAUGUGCCUUUUAUAAGCAAGGUCAGUGUAAGAAAGGUGAUAAGUGCAAGUUCUCCCAUGAUGUCAGCAUUGAAAGGAAAAGUGAGAAGAAGAACAUCUAUUUCGACGUACGGGAUGAAGAUUCAAUGGAAAAUUGGGAUGAAGCCAAGCUUAAAGAGGUUGUUGAGACAAAACACGGUGAGGCUGAUAAAAAGAAACCACCAACAAACAUAGUAAGUUAUGGCUGGUUCUGGGAUUGCCCUAAUGGGGGAGACAAGUGCCAUUACCGACAUGCACUUCCACCUGGUUUUGUUCUCAAUAAAGACAAGAAGAAAAACCAAGAGAAGAAAGAUGAUAUUUCCCUUGAAGAUCUUGUUGAAAAGGAGAGAGCUGCUCUAGGGUCUAACCUUUGCAAGAUUACAUUUGAAACAUUUUUGGCUUGGAAAAAGAAAAAGAUUCAAGAUAAGAAGGAAAAAGCUCAGGUGGAACAGGACAGGAAAAAAGCAGAAUUUAAAGCUGGUCAUCACAUUGGUCUUAGUGGUCGAGAAAUGUUUACAUUCAAUCCAGAAUUAGCUCUGGAAGUCCAGAUGGAUGAAGAUGAGGCUGCUUAUGACCUUCUGCCUCGAGAAGACGAUGAAAACUCUGAAUUGUAUGUAGAAAUAACAGCUGAAGCCCUUAGCCUUCAAGCACAACAGUUUCAGAAUGUGGGAACAACUUCUCCAAAUAACUUUCAUGAAGUGAACAGAAGAAAAGAAAGAUUAGAUGGAGAAGAAGAAAAGCUUCCUGAAGCAGUGGGUGGAGAAGAUAAUAUUGCAGCCACAAUAGGUGAAGAAGCUAUUCCAAUUGAUGAAAAUCUUUUUGAUGAAGAUGAUGAAGAUCUCGAAGAACUGGAAGAAGAUCUAGAAAGGUUGGAUGUGGAAUAACAUGUGUACUAAGUAGGAUCCUAGUAAAGUUAUAAAGACCAAAAUCUGGCUAUUUUGUCCAAGUCAAAAGCAUCCAAGACAUCACUUAUUGACUUAAUUCCAGAAGUAUUGAUAUUUUACCAAAAGCUUUUUAUUUAUUUCACGAGUAAAUACCUGUUUUUUAAUUUCUUGCCACAACUGACAUAUGUUUUUCAAACUCAGGUAUUUUCUUACAAAGUUGCAACAAACAAUAUUAUACUGAUCUUGGCAUUGCAGCUAUGUCUUGUUAUUCCUAAUAAGUUUUUAGAUUAUUUCAGAUACUUCAAUGCUCAACACACUGUCUGAUAAUGUCUAUAAAAUGAAAAUCACAAUAUUGUCUAAAAACAGACAUACUAGUAUAUACAAUAUGAUCACAGUUUUGUAGAGGAAAUAUCACACUAUAACCAGGAGUGAGUGUAACAUGUAUGAAAGAUGAUGACAAACUAAUUCUUUGCAUCAUACAUGGAGCACUAUAAAUUAAUAUAAAUUACUCAUGCUUACUCCUGAUCAGGAACAGAUUUAGUAUCUAUGAAAAAUUUGAGAAAGAAUUCUAACACGAAAAGCUUGAUGGAUUGAAGAUAAGAUAACUCCCUCCCCCCAUUCCCACUCCGCACACAACCAGUCAAAGGUACUACAUUUAAGAAACAAAUCAAGCAUCAUAAACUGUAUACAGAGAUCUACUAUAAUACAAUCAACGAAGGAGUGCUAUGUUUCCUAGCACUACUAUUACUGAGAGAGGAGGAGGAGAGAGUAGGAGAUGGCAACAUUGAUGAAAAGAAGAAUGAGAACUGACUUGAAAAUAGGAUGUAUUAUUCUGAACAUCUUCCACACACACACACCCAUUGGUGUUCCACAAUGAGUCUUUAAACAUUCAUUUGCAUUAUUGAACACCUGAUAAUAAAAUUAUCUAUACAGAUCUUUGGAUGAAUCACGUUCAAGUCAAAUCUUCAUCAUUGAGUCAUGGUAAAUACAGAGAGAUCUGGUGUAUUCAUUUUCGCCCUUAACUUCAUCCCAAACUGAUUAAGGGUUAUAAGGUGGAUCAUUGUAGAAAAUCAUGUUAAAACAUUUUUUUUUAACAUUGCAUUCAGUGUCAUACUGAUAUUUGAUGGCAUCCUGUGCAAAAUAUAGAUUUUGGCAUUCCCCAACCCAACCCAUUAGUUUGCUUUCUUAGGCAAUCAGUGUCCCCUCCUUUCAAGUUGGCACCCUUCACAGUCCUGAUUACAUUGACAGAAUUGAUACAGCAAUGUAUCUUUAUAAGGAGACACAGAUGGAAAUAGGUAUCAGAAGGUUUAACACUUAUUAAAAAAUGCUACCAUUUGCUCCUGCAUUAGAUUUUUUUCAUUAACUGCCCAUUUUCUCAGAAAUGGCUGCAAGUUACAAUAACUGGAUAAUACAGAUGGCAGAGACCAAAAUCAUAAUAUCCAUCUAAUCUGGUACCACGAUUAGUGGUUGGCACUGUUGAAUAACUAGUGUGCCAAAAGAAGACAUUUGGUUUAGAGAUUUUCUCAUAGAUUUAAUAAGCUCACAGAUCAGUCUAAGUUGCAUACUACUUUGAAAUACUAAAAUCAGUUAAUAUUUUUUUGGCAAUGAACAAAAACUGCUCUAAGUUUCACAUGUGACUUCCUUGCCUGCAUAUCCAAGUUUAUGUCUAAUGUAUUGCUUGUAGCAUUGGCCAAAGCCAUGGUAGGUUUAAUCUUUGCAAAACAUCAUUCAGAAUUUUAAACAAUGUUUAAGACCUAGUUUCUUGGUUAGAAUGAAACCUGAUAAAUAUAUCCUGUACUUCUGACAAGGAAAGAGCUGAUCCAUUCAUUUUAUCCUAAACUUAUCCCAAAAAUGUUUGAAUUGAAUACUAAGAUGGAGGUAUUUUUUUACUGGAAAAAAGAUGACCUUUCUCCAUUUACAGUGGUGAUAUUUCUGUUGAAUAAAUAUUGUGUAAUUUAUACAAACCAACAAUUUUAGGUGAAAGAAAACUUGUUACGUUAAGAACAAUAUUGCUUUCAGUUUUGUUUUAAAUAGAGAAAGUAUGACAUUUGAUAAAAAAUACACAUACACUGAUUUAUUUAUUCAAGAAAUAUAAACUUUUAAAUAUAAGAAUGCUCAUUGUUGUUGUAGCAAUAUAAUAUUUUCAUGUACUAGUCUCUGUUUUACUCCUUCAAUAUGAAUAUACUGUAAUUUCCAACAUUUCAUUAAUAGUGUCAUGAAAUACUCAAGUGUAAAAAUCUGUUUAAUCUUAAGAGUUCAGCACGAUGUUUUCCUCUAAAUUGUGAUAGGUUUACAAAAUUCUAAUUUCGUCUGUUCAUGAUAAAUAUAAACAGAGAAUGAAAAAUGUUGGUAAAUAAUAUUAAGAAAAACUGAUAAAACCUUAGUGCUUAUAAUUGGUGAACAUAUCAUCAUCAGAUGAAUUGCACUUGGAAAAUUUUAUCUGUGUUCUUAAAUAACAAAUCACUUAAAUCACUAACCUCUGAAUAGGCUGACUACUGUGGUGUAAUUGAUAACACAAUUACAAGUCUUUGACAGAAAACCUAAUGAAGAAGAUUGGUCCACAUUCACACUACUGACUACACUAAAUGAGUGAGAUUUGGAGAGAGUGUGAUACAAUAAGUUAACACUUGCUUGGAGAACACCUGAACUUAAAAAGGAAACAGACUACGAUUAGUUCGGCUACAUUUGAUAACACACUAAAUGAGCAGUUUAGGCACACUUGACACAAGUACUGAGCUUAGUUUUAAAAAUAUAGUAACAUUUUAUCACUUUUUAUAUGAAACUACAAAAUGCUAUGAUGAUAAACUAUUUAUUAGAGAGGCCGAGUCCACCCAUUAAAAUAACAACAACCAAUCAAGGGCCUCACACUUCAUUAUUCCAGCCGUGCACAUCCUUAGUAAUGGUGAGAAGUCUCAAUACGUUGACGGCCUUAAUGAGCUUGGCAGUCGAUAGGCCUAAAGCCCAAUUAUCCAACUGGUAGCAUUGCAAAGCGGCCUAAUGAUCCAGUAUGGUCGAUGGUCUAAAAAUACUCCUCUCCCCCUUAAAAAAAACUGGUAGUGCACAUGAAAAAAUUCAUUCUGCACAUGGAUUGAAAACAUUAGAGGGAACAUUGGGCUCAGUACUUAAAGCCCACCUUAAGUCAGUGCCUUUGACUUGAGUUAGGUGUUCACUAGUUUAGUUAUAUUGUGUAACAUGAUAAACAUGGUCACAAUUGAAAUGCCAUGGAAUUCUCUUGGCUGUAUUGCAACAACUUAAUUUCGAUUUCCUUUAAAAUUAACAAUGUUGGUGUUAGGCUACCCUGUAUCAUAUUGUAAGAAGUUUUAAAGUGGAGUAUCAUAUAUUACAUUUUGAGAAGUCUUAAGCACUUUAUUAACAAAUGUGUUAGAUUUGGAUAACUAUUUUAGUAUAUUACAAGUAUUUGGACUGGGUCAUUCUGUACAUUUUCUCAACUUAGAGAAGUCAUGGAUUUGAGUAUUACAAUUUGUAUGGUGCUAAGAUAUACCACUUUAAAGCAGAAUUUUGUAAACUGCCUCAUUAAGAUAUGUUUCUGUUCCUAACCAGGAGUCAGUUUUCACAGAAACUUGUAGAGCUGGCAGUUCUGUGUUAAUAUUUGUAAGAAGUCGCUUCCUACAGUAAAGAUAGAAUCCACAGUUACUGUAAAUAUAUUUUUAUAUAAAUCGGUGUUAAUAGAAACUAGAUUUCAAGAUAAUCAGCAUUAUAUUUUGUACAGUGAAUGUAUUAGUAAUUUCUUUUAAUCUGGACAUAAAUGGAGCUAUUUAAUUCUCUGUCAGAAUGGGUGAAAUAUUUCUAAGAUUUUUUCCUACUCAUUAUUGGUAAUAUUUCUGUAGAAAAAAUUAUCCAUUACUUGUGAAAAUGGCCCAUGUUGCUGUGUGUAAGAUCUUUACUUACAGUAUUUAAAUUACUGUCUUCCAGCAGAACUUGGCUUUAGCCGUUAUUCAGUAAGUUUCCUGUUCUGUUCAUCCAUGAUAGAUUCUUUAAAAGUAUAAUUUCAUCUGUAAAUUCCUAAUUAACUUGUGGGGCAUUUGUUUUACAAAAAAAGAUGUCCUUUCUGUAUUAACAGUAGUAAUGUUUCUGUUGAAACGAUAUUGAGUAAAUUAUUCAAACCAAUGGUUCUAAAGGAAGAAAAAAAACUUGUUAAAUUAAAAAUAAGAACACAAUUGUGUUUAUUAACAAGGAAAGUGUGAUGUUUUUGAAAAGAUAAAAAAUAACAUUGAAAUACAUUUAGCUCAAGAAAAAUAAACUUUUAACAGUGUUCUUGUAACAUUAUCUGAGUGGAUUAUGUGUGCACAUAUGUUGAAUAUAUUUUUAAUGCCAAGUUUUAUUUUUUAAAUAAUUGGUUAUUUUCAUCGAGUUGCUUCUAUUAAAGAACUGUUUAAUAUAACAUUUUUGAACAUACGUUCAAAUGACACCAUUUGACAAAAUUUAAGUACCACUGAAAAAUGUUUUAUUGACUGUUCUAGUUGAAAGUAGGCCAAAGAUGAUAUCUUUUUCUUUGUAGUGGACCAUUUUUAUUGAAAAUCUGAAUGAUUUCAUCCUCAGCCUUGUCUUCAGUCAGCAUUGUCUAUUAAAAACUUUUCAGUGUGUGCUCAAAAUAUUAAGAAUAAACUUUUAACAAUGGAUUCUAUUUUACUUGUAUUCAUAAAAUAUAUAUAUAUAUUUUUUCUUGACAUUAAUGUUUCAUCCAAUUCUGAUAAAAAAGAACUUUUCUAGAGAGUAUUAGUCUUAAAUGUUUAGAAAAGGAUGUAACCAGAUUUUCAAACAGUAUGUAUCAGAAAAUCAACUACAAGGUUAGUAUAACUUAAAAUAAAUUUUUUGUUUCUUAAAAUGAAAUGCUAGAAAAUCCAUCAACUAAAAUUCAAAUUUUUUGUUUUGUUUUUUUAAAAUUAAGACACGUUUGGUUGAAUCAUAAUUAUUUUCUUUUUGGGGGGGAAAUCAAAAAGUUAUUUAAUGGUAUAGAUCAAAACAAAUGGUUGCCUGUGCUUUUUUAUUUUGAUAAAUGAUUCUCUUGUUAUUAAUAUUUUGCUUACCUCAUAAGAACUAAAGUAAAGAAAGAUGUUAUGAAAUUUGUAUUGGUAGUAAUAAAGCCCCAAAUAAAGCUCUUAACAAAAUUACAAUCUGGAUCACCACUUUUGUCUUACUUGCAUCUGCUGUGUUUUUCCAAGUCAUUUACUUAUUUUUUUGAGGAAGGCUUAUUUUGCGUACUUUUCUCUUCUUUUUUUUUUUACCACCCAACACUCUUCUUUAUUUAUUAAUAACAAUUCCUGUUAUGUCAGUUCUAAUAAAGCUCUUAACAAAAUUACAAUCUGGAUCACCACUUUUGUCUUACUUGCAUCUGCUGUGUUUUUCCGAGUCAUUUACUUAUUUUUUUGAGGAAGACUUAUUUUGUGUACUUUUCUCUUUUUUUUACCUACCCAACACUCUUCUUUAUUUAUUAAUCACAAUUCCUGUUAUGUCAGUUUUUUAUGUACUGAUAGUGGUUAUAGCCACUAAAUUAUAAUAUUCUGUAUGAUCAAUACUCAAACAUCAUUUAAUUUUUGCUUAACCUGCAAAGUAAUUUUAUUGUUUCAGACAGAUGACUGUUGCAUUAUUACUGAUUUAUCAUUAUUUGUUUAAUAACCUAUAUUACAGUAAGCCUUAGCUUAAACGGAAGUGUUUGCAACAUCAAGUUUAUCAACCACUGUACUUCUGAAAGCUGGUUAGAGUUACCAAAAAAUAUUUUUAUGUGUUAUUGAACUUUAAUACUGUCAGACAAGAUUCCAGGUACUUUAAACGUGAAGAGACUGAAGAUUGAGAAUAAAUUACAAUUAUUUACAUGUCUGUAGGAGCUGGAGAUACUAUUGAAGUUCUUAAGAUUGUAAUUUUUAUUGUUAGAAACCUAAUUGGCACAUACCUGCUAUCUGAAGUUGAUAAUAACUUUUGAGUUUAGAUUAAUGCAAUGUACAUGGGCUUGGUCCAUUCGACUAACCCUGUAUUGGAGAAGGGAUAUUGACUAUAAUUCAGAAUUUACUAUGUGUAUCUACACAAAAUGUGGCAAGCUUUUAGUGAAAUGUACAAGUCUGUUAUACUGAAGAAAUCAGCUUAGUUACAAAGCACUGUAAAUUUGCCAUGUUUAAGUUUGAUGAUAACUCCAUGUUUAAGCUUGGUGAUAACUCCUGAAGUAAAAAGAAUGUCUAUAUUAUCUAUAGAUGUUAAAAGAAAACUAUCAAGUCAUGUUGGAGUCUAUAAGACUGAAAACAGUAUUUAAGGGCUUCAUUAGAUCAAUCAUCCAUACCUACUUUGUGAUUUUUAGAGAAUAUUUAACCCUUACCAAAAUCACUCCAUGUGCCCAUGGUUUAUAUGGUCGUGUUGUCUACUCGAGUCAAAGUCUAAGCUAGGUCUAUACAUUGUGCUUGUGGAUCUAGAUCUGUCUUAUGUUACUUAGAGAAACUCCAUUCUUUAUAAAUGAAAAUCAGCUCUCAUGGCCAUGGUUCAUUGCCCUUGGCAAAAUACAAAGUAAAAUGUGAUCCCUACUGCCCCUUGUUAAUGAUUCCUGCCCAACUUGUACAUUUGAAGCCAGCACAAGAAGGCAUUUUAUUACUUUUACUGUCAUUUUAUGCUCUUCUGUGUAGUCAGAUCAUGUCAUACAAUGCCACAUUCAGAAGUGUUUUGAGGUCCCCAUUAUGACAACCAAUAUGUUUCCAGUGGCUUCUUACUAGGUAAGGAACUUGAUCAAUUCAGUUAAAUAUAGAAAUUGAUGGUUGUAUAGCAUAAGUCAAGAAUGUUUGCACAGUUUUUCUGCUAAGAAUUGCACAGAAACUUUGAUCAUUUCUAGCAUAAAGUGGUAUAAGUGGUCAUACAAAAAUUAUUGUAAGAGUGGUGAUUGUGUGACAGAUAAUUGUAUAACCCAAAUAAAAGAUCAUUGUAAAAGUUAAUAGUUUGCUGUGCUGGAUUAACAAAGUGUAUGAGAUAUUUUCUUUUCCAGUGUAAAUAAUUUCCAAAGUGAAACUAAAACUUUAAGAAUCUUUGUUAGCCUCAGGAUUUUUUUUUUUAGAUGUUUUCAUUUAUAAUGUUCAUUAAAAAUGAAAAUCUAGAAAAGUUAUUUGCUGGAUUUUAAAGCAUUUAAGCAGCUAAGUUAAUUACAUUUGUGAAAAAAAUCACCAAUACUUAUUUCUUAACAAGUCAAUUGCCAAUCUCCCUUUCACGUAAAACAGAAACAGGAGUAAACUGGAUAACUAAGACUGUUAUAUGACAGUUGCUCCCUUUCUCAGUAUUUAUUUAAUAUUCAAAUAUGUUGCUGUAGUAUUUCUGCAUAUUAUCAGUAAGGUAAAUACAACAAAAAUAGAGAAUACUCAUAACAGCAGAAAAUAAAAAUGACUUCAUGAAUUAUUUUAUACCUGAAUAUUGGCCAUUCUUAUCUUGUUUUUCAUGUGGCUUCAUUUGUAAGUGGAAUAUGACAUAAAAUAAAUUUCCAGCUUCA